AUGUUUAACGUUAAGUCCUUCGACCUCCGGGGCUACAUCCACCUCCGUUCUCCACUUUCGUCCGAAAUGCACCGCUGCUUGCAUAUCGAGGAGAUAAUUCGUAUCAUUACCUCCUUCCGUGUUGGGUCAAUGCAUGCAGUGCAAUUGAACCUGGACCUUACGUGCCGCAGUUUCUACGAGUCCGCGAUGGACACAUUGUGGGGGGAUCUGGACAAGGAUAUCGAGCCACUGCUGCUCAUUCUGCCCUCCUAUGCGCUGAAACGCGUAAAAUACGAGGUUUUGAAAUCCCAGGGGACGGGGAUUGGGACCGCUUCCGCCACCAUGCUAAAUGUGUACGCCGUUUGGAGCUCUAUGAUGCACCAUAUCGCGUACACGAAGAUACCCUCCGGGAGCUCUGCGAGAUCUACCCUGGCCCCCACCUACUACCGAACCUCCGCGAGCCAUGAAGGUGCAUACCUCUACGAAGCAUGGGAGAAGCUUGUCCCGCCUACCCUGGAAGAGGCAUCUGUGAUACAUUUUGACGAGGAAAACGAGGCCACGGCUUUCUUGGACGCGCUAAUCAACUGCCCGUCGCCCAAACGUUUGUGUUACGAAGAGGACAAGCUCAUGAUGAUGGAUCACGAGGCAGUCAGAUUGCAGGUCAACAGAGUUUUAAUUCACCUCAAACAGCUUACGGUUGUUCGUGCAAGGCCGCUAUUUCCCGGAACCAUCCAGCAUCUCGCGUCGUUGCCCAUUUUGAAGGAGAUCGAGUUCUUUCUGGACGUGAGCACCGAUUGCCGUGUCCCAUUUGGCUCCGAAGUGGACAUUGUUCCGUUUUCUGCACUCAAAAAGCUGCACAUAGGCGCAUCGGCUACCUCUGACAAAGCCCUUCUCACAUUCUUGGAUACUAUCUGCUCAACUUGCCUCGAGGCCAUUCAUGUCACCUUCGGUUUGGACGGUGAGAAUCCGGACAAGCUGCGCGCAAAGGACUAUGAACCGUCGCCAGCGUGGUACAUCAAUAGGGUCACAGAGGCACUCUCCCGGUUCACCCGCUCCAAGCGCGUUUACCUCUCAGCUAUCGGCCAGCACAUUAAUUCGGCUGCUCUUGUAUUCGAUACAGACACGCUCACACCGCUCCUGCGUCUACAGGCUAUCACGUCUCUCGAUUUGGGCAGAUCAUCGCUAGUGGCCGAAUAUCCAUCAGCUAGAGCUCGGACAGAACUGCAGCAUCAUGCCGCCUAUACUGAAGGUUGAAGACCUCCUCCCGAUCACCACCGCUUCCUUGGAGUACUGCUCACCAACGACAUGGGCCC